AUGUUCGGCGGAGGGAUGCAUUGUUAGAAGAAAAGGCGCUAAAUAUCACGCUAGCGGUUAUAUGUCAUUAUUUACCAGUGUAUUAUUAAAUAAAGGAGAAUAAAGUGACUGGAGGUGCUGGCGGUCCGGUAUAUGCGGCAGCAUGUUUCUAGCUGAGUUCUACUGAAUCCCCGGCAGUCCGAGAGGCAGAGGCAGAGAGCUCCGGGGUGGUUUGCGGCAGGCAGUAGUGGAGCGCCCUCUCUCGGUGAGGUGUAUAGCGCCGUGUGCUCUAUAGUGCAGUAUACAUAGAGGCUCUGCAGGCGGGCGGAGGAGACGGCGAUAGCACCGCUGCUUUGUCUUUCUGUGCUGUGUGAGGCUCCCUCACUCACUUCACCUCAGCUGGAACCCGAGUCUAAGCCAGGUGGGCACUAUGUUCCAGCUUCCAGUCAACAACCUUGGCAGUUUAAGGAAAGCCAGAAAAAAUGUGAAGAAGGCUCUGGGAGAUAUUGGCUUGGAGUUUUGCAAGGACCAUGUUGAUGACUUCAAGGACUUUGUUCCCAAUGAGUUCUACAUCAAGAACACUACAUUGGAUGAUGUGUGCAUGUAUGAUCCUUCACAUACCAAAACACAAGAUUACCGGUCAAAGCCAUUCUGUUGCUCAGACUGCCCAUUUUCUUCCAAGUUCUUUUCCGCUUAUAAGAGCCACUUCCGUAAUGUCCAUAGUGAGAAUUUCGAGAAUCGUAUCCUCCUCAACUGCCCGUAUUGCACGUACAAUGGGAACAAGAAAACUCUGGAGACGCACAUCAAACUGUUUCACAUGCCUAACAAUACGGCACGGAGUACUGGGGGCCAAGGGGCGGUAUCCGCUCUGAAGGAUGGAAAUCGCCUGGACAAGACUCAGAACAGUGUGGAGCAGGCAGUGUACUACUGUAAGAAAUGCACUUAUAGGGACCCACUGUACAAUGUGGUACGCAAGCACAUUUACCGGGAACACUUCAAACAUGUUGCUUCUCCGUAUGUGGCCAGACCUGGUGAGAAAACGGCGUCUAACGGAUCGACAGACUCGGGCAAGGGAAACGCAUCAGAUUCCAAUAGCUCUGCAGGGGCUGGCAAUAGUAACAGCUCAGCCAUCCACUGUAAACGCUGUCUUUUUGUGCCACGUAGCUAUGAAGCCCUGGUGCAGCAUGUCAUCGAGGACCACGAGCGCAUUGGUUACCAAGUAACCGCCAUGAUCGGCCAUACUAGUGUUGUCGUACCUCGUUCCAAGCCUGUCGUUAUGGUUUCCCCUAAAUCCCAGGGAGACAAGAGUGGCAUUGGUCAUAUGCAAAAAGGGGCUGUGGCCGCCGGGCGGUCUCUGUCUGCGCAGCAGAUGAGUCGCAUCGUCAUGCCCAAGGGGGGUUUAAACUCAUCCCGACUCUUACCGGGUGUUAAUAUGAAGUCGGGUACAUUCGGCUUGAAACCUGGGACCUCUCAGGGACUGUCCAUCGGAGGGCAACCGGUGCGUAUUGCCCUGCCAGGCAGCGCACACCAUUCUCAAACGUCCAGACCUCAGCUUAAUUCAGGCAGUCUGCGCAGUCCCGUUUCCGCCUCUGCGUCGUCCCUACUGAAGAUUCCCUCGUUGGCUUCACGGAUCCAGGCAGCCUCUGCUAACGUAACAGCUGGCGUGCCCAGGAAAGGCGUCUCCGACCUGGGUACGUCCUAUACUCAGAAAUGGAAGAUCUGCACAAUCUGUAACGAGCUGUUUCCUGAAAACGUGUACAGUUCUCACUUUGAGAAGGAACACAAAGCGGAAAAGGUGCCCGCUGUGGCCAACUACAUCAUGAAGAUCCACAACUUCACCAGUAAAUGCUUGUACUGUAAUCGUUACCUGCCCAGCGACACACUGCUCAACCAUAUGUUGAUUCACGGCUUGUCGUGCCCGCACUGCAGGUCUACUUUCAACGAUGUCGAGAAGAUGGUGGCGCACAUGCGCGCGUCGCACCCGAACGCCUCUGUCGGAGGGCGGACUGAUUCUCCGUUGACUUUUGAUCUUACCCUCCAGCAGGGAAACCCCAAAAAUGUCCAGCUGAUCGUCACCACUUACAAUAUGCGUGAUGCUCCUGAAGAGUCCGUGGCGUUCCAUGCCCAGAACAGCACUCCAGCCAAGCCGGCGAGUCCACAAAUACGAAAGAUGCCCACUCCGGAUGCGGUGGUUCCCAAAAGUGGAUCGCAGGGAGCUGUCCCCUAUAAGAGGGAUGUGGGUAAAACACUUUGCCCACUCUGCUUCUCUAUUUUGAAAGGCCCUAUUUCUGACUCCCUUUCACACCACUUAAGAGAAAGACAUCAGGUCAUCCAGACGGUGCAUCCGGUGGAGAAAAAGCUGACCUAUAAGUGUAUCCAUUGCCUUGGCGUCUACACCAGCAACAUGACAGCCUCCACUAUUACCUUGCAUUUAGUUCACUGUCGGGGUGUCGGCAAGACCCACAACGGAUCCGUUUCAACUCCUCGAGUCGUCAAGCCUCAGGGUGCUUCCUUAAAAAGGUCCGGCUUUCAAAACGACGAUGAAAUCGACCCAAAGAAGCGCAAACUCGGGCUUCUAAACCAGUCUCGUCCAAGCCUGCUCGCCUCCGUCGAGCACAAAGAAGAGCCCGUUGUCCUGGCCAUGGACCCGAAGGGCCACGAAGACGAAUCUUACGAGGCUCGCAAGGCCUUCCUCACUCAGUAUUUCAACAAGCAACCGUACCCCAACCGCCGAGAAGUCGAAAAGCUGGCUUCCAGCCUCUGGCUCUGGAAAUCGGACGUGUCCAGCCACUUCGCCAACCGGAGAAGAAAGUGCGUCCGUGACUGCGAGACCCAAAACGUCAGCGUGCUGCUCGGAUUUAAGAUGAACGAACUCAUGCAGGUGCAGCACGACAUGUAUUUCGACCCCGGGUCUUACUUCGAAGCUCACGACGAGAAGCAACAGAGCAGGACGUCCAGAGACAUGACCGGAAGAUCCGCCAGCGUGAUCAGCCAACAGGAAGCUUCUACUAACGGCGAUGAGCAACAGAACGAGCUGCCGGACGCAGGUUCCGCCGAAGCCUCGCCACCUCCGGAUUGUGAGGGUGCCCCCUUAGAGUACGGCUGCGACGACAUUGUCGAGACGGUUGUAAAACCAGUCGGAGUUAUAAACACAGAGCCAAUUUCAUUAGACUCUGAUAGUGACAAUGAAGACAAUCUAGAUCUGAAGGAGACACAAAAAAAUGAUCCGGAGGUCAACGAGCAGGCAGCCAGCGUGGUAGAAAGUGAAGGGAGCGCGAGCGAACCGGACGAUACUCUCAGUGGUGAAAAUGGUUACGGGUCACUGGACCAGCUGCAAAACGGAGGACCCAAAGAAGAGAACCAGUCUAGCAUCGUGGCUUGAGCUUGCCUUAGGUCUGAUAUUUAAAUACAAGCAGCUUGCUCCGACGCCCCGUCUGUCCUACGGUCCGAGCGAGGAGCACGUCGGCCGACCUCUUCUGCGCUGCGCUUUGUUUUAGCUGUUCCCGAUUCACCCCUCGUCGAACGCUUGCUUGCUUUCUCAUCCCUUCGAGCGGUCGAUCAUUUUCGUUCACUUCCCUGAAUGGACUCUUGCUACUGCCCGUCGCGCACAAAGAGCGUCCGCCAUCGAUAUGUCUAUGUUGUAUCUUUGUUUUGGUUUGAUUAUUUCACCUAAAGCAAUUCUAAAUAAUAAAGUGCUGUAUUGUGCUUUUCA